AAAAAAGUACAAGCAAAGUGCCAAGUAUCAGGUGUCAUAUUUAGGGAAUAUUUGUAAACAGUUUUAGUAGUUCUCAGAAGUGUUCUGUGGUGUUCUGUUGUGUUCCUUGCCCUUGCCUUGCAUCUGACUGCAAGCGAGCUGAGCUGAAAUGGGUAUGCAAGAAAUGCCCCUGCGGUAUGACCGGUAGCGUAACGAUAAUUACGAAAACUGGACAAACGGAACGAAAACAUGCAGUGGUUAACACGACAGACCAACCGAUGGCCAGGUGUCGGGUGUACCGCGGCCCCCCACCAGGACACCCGGGAUACAUGGAGAAUGAAAACCUUGUGGAUCCACGUGGAAACACUGCCAAAAACCCCUACCACUGCGGCCACUGCAAUACAACAUCAAAGAGCAAGUGCGUUGUUCAGUGAGUGAUGGAUGAAAAGUGAUCCGCAUCCUGCCCUGUCGUAACAGGCAUAGCAGGCAUAGCAGGCGGUGAAGGCAAACAAAACACACGAAAACACUCGGCCAAGGGGGGGCAAUGGAACACUUUUGUAAAUUCAAAUUGUCAUCCAAAUUGUCAGUGUUCGCUCCUUCAAUAUCGCAGCUCUUUUAUACCGUUCAAUAUGCAAAAACAAUAAACCAAAUAUGCUACGGCUAAUGGGGAACCGCGCUAUCUGCCGUUUGGUGCGAGCCCAUAUGUACCGCGGCGGCCUUAGUCGCCAGCACCGCCGCCAGGAUGGAGGUGCAGAAUGCGGGAGCAGCAACUCCAGCCGUAGUCGCAGCCGUGAUGUCUUUCACGGCAAGUGUUAUCUUCAACGCACGAAUAUAUGCUUCCUAAAAAAUCCUUCCACCAAUGACGGUACUUGCGGGUAUCGUACGGUCCGACCCAAGCCCCCGCACUCGUGCGCACCACCGGAGGUUACGCCACCGGCAGUUACGACACCGGCAGUUACGACACCGGCAGUUCGGCCACAACCAUGUCCAUCUAUUCCAAGGCCCUGCCCCCAGACUUUCGAGGAUGAUACUAGCUUCUGUCCCUCGGCGCUCCUGCCUUCAGCAUCGGUUGCGUUCGGCGCCAUGAAUUGUGACAUGCAAUCGGCUCCGCUUGUUUAUGCGCUUCCACAGUUCUUCUGCAUUCCAGCGAUGCCUUACUGUCCAGCAGCUCCGCAAGUUUGCCCCAGAUCUCCAGAGCGAUCCAUUAACCAUGGGCAGAGCUGCAGUUCCGACAACGACAAUAUCUACCUCAUGCAAUCGCCAACGCCUGCUCAUAAGAACUCACAGAUCUGCGGCAAGCAGUCGCCUCCAGGGUGCAGUCGACCGCAGCCGGAUUCGAGGUGCCAGACAGCGAUGAGGCCGCCAGCUACGAAACUCUGCUCGACCACAGGGGGAAGACCUCAGAGGCGAUGCUUCAGCAAUGGCCAAGGCGGCCAAGGCGGUGGCAGAAAAUGUCACCCCAAUGCGUAUCCCGUGCCUAUGUACCCCAGACAGAUGGAUUCCGACUUGGAUCCGCUGGGUCCGAGGUGCGACUUUGGAGAAGCUCCGGAGGCAGCUCCAGCUCCAGCUUUCGGCUGCGAUGCUUACCCUCCCUCUCCACAAAACGAGUCAAUGAGAUCGUUGCAGCCUGUAGCCCAGGGGAUGGAUCCAGUCGCCAACUUUGAUCUUGAUCGAUUCGACAGGGAUCUGGGCGAAGGCAUCGGACGUCGGCGAAAUGUCCACGUAUGGACGUGCAUCAAUUAUGACUACGAACCCAAUCCGGGACAUUGUGCGCAACGGUCGCAGCCACCUCCAGGUCAAAAUAUACCUUGUGCGGUGCAAUUCCCACGCGGGUCAGAUGAAACGGCCCAACCAAACGGUGUGUACAUUCCCAAUCAUGCAGAACCAACAGCAGCUGCUGGCGUUAGACGUCGCCGAAAUAUCACUGUGCGCCGUUGUGCCGAAGACGAAUGA